CUCUCGAAAUAUAUAAACAAAUCAACAAUCUCUGACGAUAUGUCUGGAUGGGAAGUUCGAAUGUCUGGCUCGCGUGGCGUGCCGUAUUUCUUCAAUCAGCAAACCAAACAAUCCAGCUGGGAAAUCCCUGCAGGUCUUACCCAGGAGCAAGUUCAAGCUCUUCCUGGAGCGGCUGAUUAUCUGGGAGGUGGAGCUGGAGGGCGCCCUGCGCAGGUUCGCGCCAGCCACCUGCUCGUGAAGCACAGUGGUAGCAGGAGGCCAUCGAGCUGGAAGGAGCCAAAAAUCACGCGCUCCAAGGAAGAUGCCAUCGCCAUACUCAAGGAGUACAACGACGAGAUCAACGGUUCGGCUUCCAAGUUCGCUGAACUCGCCCAAAUUCAUUCCGAUUGUUCUUCACACGACCACGGCGGAGACCUGGGCUGGUUUAAGCCAGGACAGAUGCAGAAACCCUUCGAAGACACCGCUUAUUCCCUUCAGGUGGGGCAGAUCAGCGAUGUGGUUAGCUCGGACAGCGGUGUCCAUCUGAUCAUGAGGACGGGUUGAGAUUUUGGAUAAUGGAAAAUCAAGUGGAAUAAGGGAAGCUUUUCUUUGUAAUAAUAUUCAGAGCCUAUAGCUGCAUUCGGGCACUAUUCAAUGGAAUCGUCGAUUCGGUUCGAAC